AUGGCGAAAAAAAAUGGUUACGUCCUCCUUUUCUGGAUUCUUGCCUUGCUUACAACCCUCCUGGACGUGCAAGGCAAAGUGUUCCAUGGAAGCUUCAAUAUUAGGAAAAAUGAAAAAAUACACUACUUGACAAAAUUCAGCUGCAGCAUAGGGACGUGCCAAUUCAACAUAAAAAUGAAGCUUACGGAUAACAUCAUUGCAAAGUUGCUUCAUUACUACUACAAAAUGAGCAGCAAGUCAUCCAAUGAUGGGGGAGACAAUACAGAUAAGUUGUUUCACAUGGAUUAUGAUAAUGCAUACCAUGUAUUGACAAACAAUGACCUCCAUGGCAUAUCCCAGAGAGUAACGCUAAUGUUGGAUAUUGAACAGAAUUACGUAAAUCAAGGGGAAAAGUGUCUAGCCUUGGGAAAUUUAAGAAGCGUCCAUAGGUUGAAGAUACCUUUUCACUUUAAAUACUCCGAUCUUGUGAACAGCAAAACGUACAACAUAAAUAAUUUUAUGAGUAAUAAAUAUUCCAUAUCAUUCAAUACAAUUCACAGUGAAUUAAAAAACAACAAAGUGUUGCAAUCGGAGAUUUCUAGCCACGCUUCUGCUAUGAAUGAAAAGGAUUUUAAUUACGAUUACGUAAACAUUAGUGCCAAAACGACACACCGUGUACACGUAUGGUUCUUAAUGUUUGACGAUUGUUACCACACUUUUAUCCGUAAUUUGAAGCUAAGCAUAAAGGCUAAAAUAGCCUACUGGGAAUAUUUUUUAAAUGCCGCAAAGAAGACAGACAUUUCGAGCCUAGCGUCUGCUGCGUGGGAUGAGGACAUCAUCAACGAUGAUAAUUCAGAUGAUGACGAUAAUAAUGGCAAUUCCAAGUUCUACAAAUCAUACAGUUUUGAUAAGAAUACCCUUUUGAAAAAUCCUAAGAGACUCCUCUUUUUCGAAAAUAAUUUUACAAAGGGGGAGAUAGAAGACAUAUCCUUCUUCCUCAAAUAUUACAACUUUAAAAAUAUGAAGAAUUUUACCAACAUGUACAACAAUUUGUAUAAAAAUGGGUUCUACGAAAAGGUUAUAGAUUACAUAUACGAAAAUGAUGGGUUCAAGGUUGAAUAUGAGGUAAAUAUAUUCCAGACGAACAAUUCACAUUUUUCCUACGAGCUGUUAUACUCUCCCCUUCUCACCUUUAUUUUAACUAUUCUAUAUAUCUUUUUAAUUAUACAAUAUGGUAGCAAAAUCAUGCAGAAUAUCCUAUCGAAGGAGCACAAGCAUACAAUGGUCGUGUGUGUAGCUUUUGUAAUUUUGAUUCAGCUAAUAUCCAACUCUUUGCUACUUAUCCAUUUGUUGGUGUAUUCAAAAAACGGAAUUGGAAUUGAGCUUUUUAAGAUUUCUUUCAACCUGCUGAAUUUUUUGGCUCAAAUUAUAAUGUGCACCAUGUUGCUUUCGCUAAGUUACGGCUUGACCAUUUUCGAGGCCUCCUUCGACAUUUUUGCCAGGAUCAAGGUGAUAUUUGCCGUCAUUACCUUUUUCCACGUCGUUCUAGUCAUCCUGGAUAACACAUACAUCAUGGAGUCGUCAUCCAAAUUCUUCGACAAUGAUAACAUUACGGGAUACAUAAUACUAGCCUUGAGAGUAGUUCUAGCCAUUGUAUACCACGUCAACAUAAACAAUUUAUUCUUAGUAGCAAAGAUUCCUACCAUUCGUAAUUUUUUAAAAAAGAUGUACAUAUGUGGACUGUUUUACAUAUUUUCCUUCCCUAUCAUUUUUAUGGUUUGCUACAUCUUUGAUACAUAUUGGAGACAGAGAUUUAUGUUAUUUGGGACGGCAUUUUUGCAGUUUGUUUCUACGUACUUUAUCACAAAAAUGUUCUUAACCAAUUCAGAGUAUUUUAAAGUUUCAGACAUGUCAGCAAGCGAUCUCCCUGGAGCAACCUCAAGUUGGUUCAAUCAGAAAAUACACACGUAUUAA